AUGCGCGGCACGAAAGCAGCGUUGCGCAAGCACGGCCCUUUGCUGACCAGCCCUCGCUGUUCUGCGACGCGCCUGCGGCACCUCACGCUCGCCGAGGACACGCGGGGCAUGCUCACGGAGCUGCGCAAGGCCGUGCGCCUGCUGCUCCUCACCAACGGCGACAGGCAGACGCAGCGCGAGAAGAUCGAGGCGUGCGCCUGCCAGCCCUACUUCGAUGCCAUCGUCGUGGGAGGGGAGCAGAAAGAGGAGAAGCCGGCGCCGUCCAUCUUCCACCACUGCUGCGAUCUUCUGGGGGUGCAGCCCACCGAGUGCAUUAUGGUUGGCGACUCUCUAGACACAGAUAUCCAAGGAGGCCUGAACGCAGGCUUGAAAGCAACUGUCUGGCUAAACAAAACCAUGACGACCCCCUUAGAUACUGCCCCGGUACCUCACUACGUUAUUUCUUCUGUGCUCGAUCUUCCCGCGCUGUUGCAGAAGAUGGAUAACAACACUAAUACUAACCUAGAAACUGGCCAUACACCUAGCAGUAAUGAAGUGCAUUGA